AUACUGUCACGAUCUCUUAAGUCUCUCUCUGGUCUCGAUAUAUAUAUACUACUCAUGCAACAAAGCAAUGUCAUAUACAAAAAACAUCCUCUUUCAAAAUAAGCUUCUAAUAUUUUAACUACAAACAUUUCAAGUAUCCAAUAAUCAUGGGUCUUAUCGCCUGUAGAGCUUCUGUGUUUGUUUUGCUACUUGCUUUGUUCACAGAUUUUACUAUGGGUAAAACAGAGUUGGGUGAUGACAAGCACUUGUUUCCCCACCCUCACCCUCGUCCUCUCCUCCACAAGAAGGGCUUUAAGAAAGGCUUCGGCGACUUAGGCGGUGGAGGCGGCUUUGGAUCAGGUGGCGGCUGGAUUGGAGGCAGUAUUGGAGGCUUUGGUGGCGCGAUAGGCGGUGGUUUUGGUGGCGGCGGAUUCGGUAAAGGAGUUGAAGGCGGAGCCGGUAAAGGACCUGAAGGAGGAUUCGGUAAAGGAGUCGACGGGGGAGUCGGUAAAGGAGUUGAAGGUGGAGUCGGUAAAGGGAUCGACGGCGGAGUCGGUAAAGGAAUUGACGGCGGAGCCGGUAAGGGAGGUGACAAGGGAGUUGACGGUGGAGCCAUUGGAGGAAUCGUUGGAGGAACCGGUAAAGAAAUUGGUGGAGGAGCCGGUAAAGAAAUUGGUGGAGGAGCCGGAAAAGAAAUUGGUGAAGGAGCCGGUAAAGAAGUUGGCGGAGGAAUCGGCGGUGGAGGUCACUGAGAAUUUGAUAAACCGUUGUGCGCAUUGACGAGGAGCUAUACAAUAAUCCCCCAUGCAUAAGUUUAAUUCUUUAUGAAAUAAUAACUGAAAUGUCUGUCGUUUCUCUUUUAUUAAUCUGUUUCCCUCUUUGAUAUGAUUAAUGUAUGUAUUUGCUUCUUUGUGUAAAUCAAGUGACUUAAAAAGUCUUUAAAAUCAAGUGAAUUAAUAAGUUUAUUA